CAAGUCGCAAUUGGCAAUGUCAAACACUGCACACAUCGGCAUUUCACGUGUUCACGGACGCAAUUUUCUUUGCACACAAACACAUUUCGAUUCAUAAGUGUUGUUGAAUAUUUUGUCAUUAAAAUGACAUACAAACGAAAAAAAUAUCACCACGGUGACACCCACCUGAAGAAAAGGUGGAGAGUGAGAAAUCGGAAGAAGGAUCUUGAUCAAAUUGACGACGAUAUAAAAGAAGAAAACGCCGAGAAGUUAUUAAAUCAAAGUGUAGACUUGGACCUGCCGGGUGCAGCGCAGCAUUACUGCUUACAUUGUGCUAGAUAUUUCAUAAACGAGCAAUCGCUUAACGAGCACUUCAAAACAAAAGUCCACAAGCGAAGGUUGAAGGCGCUUGAGCUCGAGCCUUACACUAUCGAGGAGUCAGAACGCGCCGCAGGACACGGCAACUUCAAGCAGGCGGCUAAAAGAAAAAUAGUCUCACAAAACACCGAAAAAGCAGAUGCGGAUGGUGAUGCAAUCAUAGACGAUAUAAGCCCAAGUAAAAAGCAGAAAAUAACACAAGAUGCUGCGUAAAAGCUUUACAAACGUAAUUAUUAAGGUUAGGGGCUGUAACAUACAGCCAACAAGGAAUUCUGCUUUAUUUGUAAGUGGUGCCAAAGCUACUGAAAACUUUAUUUACAUAACUCCACAUGUUGAUUUCCCUGAAAGAAUACAGGACAAGAAGGCUUUACAAAAAGUUCUGCAAAAAAGGAAGGCUGAUAUUGACCUGGCCAAGGUAGAAGGUCUCUGGCAGGUUUAUGAGGACCUCAAUGCAAAGAAAGCAGAGUAUACCAAGAAAAAGGAAGAGUUAUCACAAGAACUUGGGAAGCUGAUCAAAAAUGAACCAGACAGUGAAAACACAAAGAAACUUAAAAUGCAAAGUGAUCUCAUUAAAGAAAAUAUUAAGAAAUUAAAAGUACCUCUAUGGUCAGCAGAAGAAGCUGCUAUGGUUGAAGCCUUAAAGAUACCAAACAAUUUACAUUAUCGCACACCAGAUAGCAAAAACAAAAUUUUAUACUCACAACUUUCUCGACCCAAGAAAGAGAAGAACCAUCUCAGAAUAGGCAAACUAAUGAAUAUUCUUGACUUUAAAAAGAAUGAGAAUUACUAUUUAUUAGGAAACGGAGCAAUGUUUGAGUUGGGAGCAAAAUUUUUUUUCAGCAAAAUACUGAAAGACAAGAAUUUUGUGCAGUUUUCAAAUCCAGAUUUUGUUAAAAGUUUAAUUGUUGAAGGCAGUGGCAAAGACCAUACUAACCCUGAUGUCAGCUUCAUUUUACAUCAUAAUGAGGACACUAAAGUUAAUAUUGAUAGCAGAUUGCACCUCACUGGUGGGGGAUCUCUCUGCUCCUUCCUUGCAUACCAUGCCAAGAAUGUGUUGCCGGCCAAAGCCUUGCCCCUGAAGUACUUUACAAUGGGGAGGCAGUACAUACCUGCAGCUGCUGAAGAGGACAGUCUGUUCCACGUCAGUCAGUCAUCUGUUGUAGAAUUCUUUGGAGCCUCUAAAACUGAGCAGGACCAAGAUCAAUUGCUUGACGAGCUCAUUGACACAGUAAAACUUGCAUACAGUAAAAUUGGGUACCAUUUCCGAAUGAGUUUAGUUUCAGCUGACAAGUUGUCUAUGUGGGAAUCACUCAGGCUCUCAGUAGAGAUGUAUUCAACAUCCUUAAAAGACUAUGUGGAGGUGGCCAAUGUGUCCGUGAGUGGAGACUUCCUCAGUAAGAGGUUAAUGCUAACUUAUGUUGAAAAUAAAGAGAAUAAAUUCCCUCAUCUGGUUUCCGGUACAUUGUUGAAUGUACCCAAAUUUUUGGCGUGUGCACUGGAGCAGGAUGAAGAGUUUACUGUUCCCAAAUUUGCAAAGAUCGAGAGAUAUUUAUAUUGUGAUUAAAAUCUCUAUAACAAAGGAUAAAGUCAGAAAUGGCUUUUCCUGUGAGGUUUUAUUGUUCUUUGAUAUAGAGAUUUUGUUGUGCAUUUCUUUCUCAAGUCUUAUAAAAAGGUGUUAUUUCUAGAAAUAUUAUAUGAAUAAAAAGCGUAUUUUAUUCAAAAA